AUGUCACCGACCCCUCAUAAUAAUUCCAUCAAAAAACUGUCACUGGUUGCUUCUUCAACAGAGGAUUGGCGUUUGUUGUUGUUAUCUUUCCUCUCAACUUGCUCAACCGUUCUUCUUUUCCAUGAGUACCGCAUGCUUCCUGUUCUUAAAGUCAUUAUCAAAAGUAACAUCACUUAUUUGAAGGAUUUGGAUUUGGCUCGCCGGGAUUACACUGUGAAGGUUCGUGUACUCCGUUUAUGGAAGCAACCGAUGUAUAACAAUCCAGAGCAGUUUUACUCAAUCGAAAUGAUUGUUGUUGAUGAAGAGGGAACCACCAUGCAAGGCAAUGUUCUCCGAAGAUGGUUUCCGAGAUUUGAACAAGUUUUCAAUGAAUCAGAUUGCUAUUUCAUUGUCAAACCCACUAUUGGUUUAAAUGAGUCCAAGUACAAGUAUGUGGACAACAAAAACAAGCUGGGAAUCUACUGUGAUACCGAUGUGUAUCCAUGUAAGGAUUUCAAUGGUCCCAUGUAUGGGUUCUCAUUCACAUCCUUUAAGGAUAUCAUUGACAAAACUGUUCCAGAAAACAAAUCUAUAGAUGUUAUUGGUUUUGUUGCUGAUGUUAAAGACCUUAAGAAGUUUAAGACAGCAAGGGGUAAAGACACCAAGAAACUCAAUGUCAUCAUUCAAGAUCUAGAGAUGGAAUCAAUAUACCUGUCUUUGUGGGAUUCCUAUGCUGAUCGGAUUUUAGAGCAAUGGGAAAACAGAGAACAACAUGGUGUUAUUGUUGUCAUUCUGCAGUUUGGUACCUUGAAGUACUUUGGUCGUUUUGGUUAUGUUAACAGCUGUUUCAAUGUUUCCAAGCUUUUCAUAAAUUCUGAUGUUGAUGAAAUGACUACUUUUCGUAAGAGGUGA